AUGAUUCAAGAAAACCCGCAACGGGAAAGCUUGCCAAGUUCGCUAAUUUCUGUUGUGGGAAAUUUCGAAUUUCAGUUUUUCUAAGCAGAAGGAGGAAUAUUACGUCUUUUGUUUGAUCUACGAGGCAGUUCAAUCCGUCGAAAAUUUUUGACGUUUAGCUUGGUCCAUAUCCGUUACUGGUGACUGCAUUCAUAGGAAUUUGAAAUCUCCGAUCCAGACAACGAUGGCUACCGCAUUGCUCUCCAGCUUGGAAAGGAGCCUGACGCUCGCGCAGAGACCUUGUUGUUACAAAGUGCUUCAAUGCAGAUUCGCGACUGAUCCCAGCUGCUUUCCGCGGGUUGUCCUCGAUCGUUUCCAGCAAGAACUGGGAAGCGCACCCAAGCGAUUUUACGCUGCUCCUGCUAGCGAAAAGAAAGUUUUUGCGAGGGACAAACCUCAUUGCAACGUGGGGACCAUUGGACAUGUUGACCAUGGAAAAACUACACUGACUGCGGCCAUUACUAAAAUUCUUGCGGAGGAGAACAAAGCCAAAUAUGCCAAAUACGAAGAUAUUGACAAUGCCCCGGAAGAACGAGCUCGCGGCAUCACCAUCAACGCCGCGCACAUCGAGUACGCCACGGAUAAUCGGCAUUACGCCCAUGUUGACUGUCCCGGCCACGCGGAUUAUAUUAAGAACAUGAUCACGGGUACCGCGCAAAUGGAUGGAGCCAUUUUGGUGGUGGCGGCCACGGACGGCGUGAUGCCACAGACCCGUGAGCAUCUGAUCUUGGCCAAGCAGAUCGGCGUGGAGAAAAUUGUGGUGUUUAUUAACAAAGUCGACCAGGCUGACAGCGAGAUGGUUGAGCUGGUGGAAAUGGAAGUGCGCGAAGUGAUGAAUACGUUCGGCUACAAAGGCGACGAGUCACCCGUGAUCAAGGGUUCAGCUUUAUACGCUCUGGAAGGAAAAGAGGAGGGAAAGAAGGCUGUAAAGGAACUCCUGGCGGCUGUUGACAGCUAUGUUCCCAUUCCUGAACGCGAUUUGGACAAAACGUUCUUUAUGCCUAUCGAGCACGUGCACUCGAUCCCCGGCCGUGGAACUGUAGUCACUGGGUUGUUGGAGCGAGGGCUUAUUAAGAAGGGCGAUGCUUGUGAGAUCAUUGGAUACGGAAAACAGGUGAAGUCCACGGUGACCGGCGUGGAGAUGUUUCGACAGAUAUUGGAUCGAUCGGAAGCCGGCGAUCAGCUGGGAGCCCUCCUUCGCGGUAUUAAACGAGAUGAAGUACGACGUGGGAUGGCCCUCUGCAAACCAGGUACAUUCACACAGCACGAUCAACUGGAAGCGCAGAUAUACAUGCUAACGAAAGAGGAGGGAGGCAGUACGAAAGCCAUUCCCAGUCUAUUCCGACCCCACAUGUUCUGCAAAACAUGGGACGUUCAGACCGAACUCCACUUGGGCGAAGGAAAAGAUAUGAUUAUGCCGGGAGAAAACGGAUUGUUCAAGUUGAGGCUGCUUAAGCCUAUGGUAAUGGCGCCUGGUUUUCGGUUUACCCUGCGCACUGGCGUACAGACCCUCUGUACCGGAGUAAUCACGAAAAUGCUGCCUAAUUUGACGGAUAAUGAGAAGGAGUUCAUGUCGUUGAACAGAGAAAAGAAACUGAAGAUUCUGGAAGGGAAAGCUGUGCUUCCCAGCCAGCGACACUUGAAACAAGCGAAGGCCAAAGCAUAGUCUGAGAGUGUGUGCCGUCAGUCUAUUUCCCUCUUUUGUAUGUUCUCCAGUGCGGUAUGAUGUUAUCCAAGCAUAUAUUAUUAUCUCUCUAUCACUUACAACUUACAGCAAUGGAUUUGUGAACGUGUUGGGUGUAAUAGUGUACAUUAAAGCAAUCCAAGUG